CGUGAUGAAUCGUGAGUUCUUUGACAUGCUUGAUGAUGCGCUUUAUUUUCUGAAAUCAACAUUGUGGUUAAGGCUAGAGAUUUGUGCUCUGUUUGCUGAUAACCAUGUUUUUAUUGCCUGCAACUUUGGGUUGGCAUGGCAUGGGCAUUUAUUCUCACUUUACUGGGAUGAUCCCAUAUAUUUCUACCAGAUUAGGAUUGCAAUUUUGCCUUUCUAGUUUAUAGUCGUGACAUUUUAUUGAAACACAGCUUUAACUCAUAGCAAAGUGACCAAUAUCCAACCAGAGUACGACUUAUCCUCUUUAGAAGAUAAAAUGGAUUUUUCAUUUGAUAUAUUUAUCUCUAAAGCCUCAAGCUUUUUGAUAAGGAAUGUUUGGAGGACUCCUUUCAGUUGGUAUGCCGUCCGUUGUUCCAUUGGUCAUGUAUCGGAUAAUGAAUUUUUAUCUAGAUGAAUAGUUAACCAAUUUUAAAAGUAUCGUGAAGAGGGGAUCUGCUAUUCAUGUUCUUGUUAUUGUUCAUGUAUGUUCUAGGCUUUGAUUAAGCAGAUGCUAAAGUUGGUGCUCUUGAUUCUUGAAUGGGGUGAAAGGUCCCUUGCAAUGUCAAUUUUCAGUCUUUUUUAUUUUUGUUUCUCCUGGUCCGUUCCAAGAGGACUAGGAACGAGUUUUUUUUUUCAAUGAUUGACCCAGCACAUUUUAUUACAGUCUUUUUACUAUUUUCUCUCCCUUUUGGGAAAAAGUAAGGAAACGUGGCGUUUGAUUUCGUACAUGAAAAGACAAGUGGAAAGAAAGAGCGGGCUUAAAGGACUUUCCAUGACGGUGCAAGGUGACUCUGGUGAUGUCUAAAUUCACUUUUCCCCGGCAAUGAGUUCACGUUGGUAACGUUUACAACCAGCAACGCGCAUUUGUCUUUGAAGCUUAUUACUGAUUCUCCCAACUGUGAAUGUGCUUUAGAAACUUUUUCAGCCUUUUCCCUUAUGGAGCUCACUAACUCUUGCUUAAAAUGGAGUAGGCCAACACACCAACAGAAUAGUACUUGACGACCCAGAGCUACCACCUUGGGUUGGUAGUUUUUCAAGGUUUUUCUACUAAGAAGAAAAGAAGACGCGUUUUUCUUUUUACCCUAUACUUCUUUUCUAUGAUACCAGAGACAAGAGGUUCUUUGUUCGUAUUCAGCAAUUGUUCUGUCGUUCGUGAAUCCCGUUCCUGAUAUAGAGACAAAAUGAUCAAUCAUUUUAUCUGAUGUCCCUGAGCGGACACAAAAUGAUCAAAUAAUUUGCUAGUUGUUACCAACAAUGCCCCUUUUGGUACAAGAUUACCAUGCCAGCGUUACCAGCUUGGAGCGAAGCGCGCUUAAAUAGUUAAAUGGGCUUUGGAAAAUGUGCCUCAACUGAUGCACAUGAUUAGCGAUCGAGUUAGAUUACAUUUCAUUGUGCACUGCGUGUUGAUCGCUGUUGCUGCCUAAUCUAACCUCUGUAGGAAAAUAAGAGGAAGAAUCAGGUAGUAGUUGUAUCCUUCAUUGAAUUUACUUAAGCUGUACUUAAGUUAAUACAAUCCUGAGUUAUUGUUCUUUGGAUUGCGCACAAAUUGAUAAUGCGCCAAAUCUAUCAAAAAAAUAUGUUUGUAGCAUACCUAAUCUAUGUAAGAACUCUCCUACAGAAAGUUGAGUUCAAAGGAAGCAUAAUCAUGACUUCCAAACGUUAAGUGCUAUCCUAAGUUGCACGCAGAAAAUGCUCUUCACUAUAUAUUUACUGGAGCACUCUGCGCGCAGGAUAUGUACCAGUAAAUUGCCAUGCCAACAAUCACAGUAGUCCACGAAACAAUGGUUCUCUUCCUUCCAUGUUCCUAACAAUUUGAUAGCUUCAUCAACAUUAGCACACUUUGCAAACACGUCAAUCUGAGCAUUACAAAGCUCAAAAUGUCUUUUGAACCCUUUCCUUCUCGAUACAAGACUCUACCCACUUCCCUAAUUUAAGAGCACCUAAAUCUGUGCGGGCAGACAGAAAUGAGGCGGUCUGCAUUUGCCUGAGCAAACCAAUCCCAUCAAUACACCUCCCUAAACGCUGGAGUGUACUCAUUCUAUAAUUUGCCUCAACUGUCAGAUGCUUUCAGAAAAACGGCAGCGUUAUUGUAGGCCCAUCCACCUUCGUCCAACGUUUAAAUUCCCGUCCACCUCAUCUAUUUCGUCCCAAAACCCUUCAGACUCCUCCAUGUGGCUCAUUAUUGUAGGCCCACGUCACCCUAUUUUGACCUCCACAAUGCAUCAGACAACGUUGCCGCUGCUAAAGUUUGCCAGUUACAGUUGCAGAAAGCCAGAAAACCUUACGACUGGUGAGAUUGAAAAGAAGAAGAAGAAGAAGAAGAAAUCUGGAACAAAAUGAGAAGAGUAUCCUCAAAUCCUUCGCUUAUAUCUAUCGGGUUUGUUCGACGAAGAAUAAUCUCUAAUAAAUCUCAAAUCAAUGUCCUUCGCUUUUCCUCCGAUGAUCCUUCCCGUCUUUCCCCCCCAACGCCUCCAGCUGAACUUGGUGUCAAAAUUGGAGGACCACUGUGAGAUAGUUCUGAUUGGAAGUGAGAUUCAUUAUCGACGUUUUAUAGCUCAAAGAUCUAAAGACCAGGUUCACUAUUUUUGGCCAUUGGAAAACAGUGUUGUGAAGGAAUUUGAGAAAAUUUGGUGUCAGGUCACAGACCACUUGGAAGGAGAAAUCAACUCCUGUUACCAUUCCGGUUAUGUUUGGGAGCGAGGAGUGGCAGAUUAUAUUGCAGUUGUAAAAAUUUAUCAAAUUGUCUUCUUCAUCUCUGAUUUUCCAACAAUGAGAAUGCGAAUCCGUGGCAAGGCACGUAGAUUUAUCACCCUCAUAGAUGAGUCAUACAAUCAUCGUUGCUGCCUGUUUUGUUCUACAGCUACUUCUAUUGAUGACGCAUUUCAAGGAACUGAAGAGGUUUCCAAUUUGAAACAGAGACAGAAGGUGGAAGAAACAUCUUAGCUGAAGGCACUGUGGGCUCUGGAGGUGCACCAACCAGCAUAGUUUCCAUGCUAUCUGGUCAAGAAGAGAUGUUUGCCUUCCACCGAGAAGUAAGCAGUAUUCCAACCAUAUUUUGGAUAUUACUAUGUAAAUUUUGAAUAAAUAUUAUUUGUGAUGUCUAUUUAUUUAGGAUUGUGAGGAAUCAUUCACUACAUAUCCUGCUGUUAUGCAUUAAAGUAGAAAAGAAAUAGUUUCAAGUUAUUAAAAAACAAGCUGUCUCCAUAGGCUUCGUGCUUUAUGCGUGCACCUUUAUACCUGGAAGGAGUUACUUCAUCCUUAUUUCCAAAAGCAUGCAACUCCAAGGGUUUGGAAAUAAUCAAACCAUUUUACAAACUCAAGCAUCACCAUGAAUGGUAAAUUAUUGUACUUACAGCUAGAUUGAUAUGAUAUUUAUGCCUCUUAUAUUCAGUUCAUUGAUUUUUUUCCCCUUUUGUUUCUUUUAUCCUGCUAAACACUCAGGAGUAAAGAUACAUCUAGUAACAUUAAGGUAAUGUAACUCAAAUUGAAGCCUUUCACUGUGCCUUGGUACUUUUUGUAUAGUUUUGAUCUUGGAAACUCGCUAUUUUGAUAAUGAGCUUUAACAUUUCUGUGUGAACCAGAAUUCAGUUUCUAUGGAUCGGAGACUUUGUUUAUGAAGAAAUUUGAGGGGAAAAGUACUUCGUAAAUUUAGGUUACCUUAACUCAUAAUUUUUAUUAGAACUAUAUGAAGGAAUGUGAGAGAGAACCAGCAAGAUUUCAAAGCUAACUAUUAGUCGUGGUCUUAAGGAAUUUGAAUUUAUUCAUCAGAAUAGUACGGGAAAAAGAAAAAUCUCAUACACUGAGUACUUUUAUUUCAUUGAACUAUACAAGGCUAUAACCAUUUGGCCAGUGACCUCCUCAUCCUUUACUAUUCUCAGUGAGCUACUGCAAAUCCCAUCAAAUCCUGGGAACAGAAAAUAUAAUGGUCAUUUAUGGGUCAGAUAUUUGUGUGUGUGUGUGUGUGUUUCUGAAAUCUGUUGGAUGAGUAGCAUAGUUUAAAGAUGAUUACUGUAUGUACUCGACAUUGAUUUUGGCAGUGGGGAUUCUUGAGACAGCGUCAAAGGCUUUGUUGGAGAGCAUCAGUGUGGCUGGGCAUGGAUUAUCACGACAAAAAUCCACCACCUCUACAACUAUGGAUCCACCCUUACAUGCUCUUUUGGGGCCGCUGAUGCACCGCAUCUGGUAUUUCCGACCACAAGCAGCUCCGUUGUCCCAUAAGCCAUCACUGGCUGCAAGAAAAUAUCCGCCUUGGGGGAACUGAUCUUGGUCGUAACCGUUGCAUUUCGUUGCUUCAUUAGUACAGUAUAACACAAGAAAGAGAAUCAGACGAGUUUACUUUGUAAUCUUGUACUGGAUGAUGAAUGAUGGGAAAGCAAAACUGCUCAUAAUUAGUAAUAAAGUUGGUCCUCGAAGAACAUUUUGAUUCAA